AUGUCCACAAAUAAAGAAAAAAGAAUAUUAUCUAAAGUGAAGAAGGUCAGAGCAUUUUUGAAUGUGGCCAGGUUGAAUGAAGAAGAUAAGAAAAUGAAUCUUACAACAAAGAAAAGACCUGCUGAUGGAGAUGUAUUUGAAGAAUCACCAAAGAAACAGAAAAACAGUGAAAAUGUAAUAGACAUGAAGAGAGAUAUAACUGAAUUACCAUUUCAAAUGUUGACUGAUGAAGAAAGAAUUCAAUUGAUUGAACUGAAGAAAGCAUCUAAAAUGGCAGCCAUGGAAAGAUCCAAGAUUUAUUUAACAUUGAAAGAAUUAGGUGAUGAACUGAAGAAGAGAUUAUCUAAAAUGUCUGCUAACCCUGAUGAAUGUGAAGUAGAGAAGUUACCAACAUUGUAUGCUCAGGAUCUUCAGUCUCUGAUAUUAUAUGCUAUAGAGGGAGCUAACUCUAGCUAUUACCCAAGAUGGUGUAGGCUACUACGACCUAAUAAAAUAUCUAGUAUUGUUGUCAUGGUGAUAGAUGGUGUAUCGUUAUCAGAUGUAAAUAAAAAUACAGAUUGCUUCGAUUAUUUAACAUCUCAUAUACCACAGUAUGUUGAAAUGAAAAGUCCCUGUAGUUAUAAUAGUACUGUAGAAAAUGAAGUAUUUAAAGUUAGACUAUCAGAAUCUCAGUGGCAUCAUAAAGUUAGAUCUGGUAGUGUAAAUGAAAUUCAAACUAAUGGUGAACAAGAAAGGUUAUUAUCUGAUGUUGUACCAACUGAUACUACUGAUAAAUUUGAUAGAAGAUUAUUAUUGUUAAAUCUUAAAGAUAUGUUACAUGAUGGCUUCCCCCUACCUAUCGUUAAAAAUGGUCAGUGUGUUUAUCCCAAUUUUAAAUUUACUAAAGAAAGAUAUACACCUGUUACAGCUAAUAGCCCCAUAUUUUCUGUUGACUGUGAAAUGACUAUACUACAAGGUAAUGCUAUAAUAGACUAUGCUACAAGAUUUAGUGGUAUAACAGAGGAAAUGUUACGGAAUGUAAAAACAAGACUAGUUGAUGUACAACGUGAAUUUAGUAACCUUCUCCCUCCAGAUGCUAUAUUAGUUGGUCAUUCUCUAGAUAAUGAUUUAAUUGUAUUAAAGAUGUUUCAUCCCUACUGUAUAGAUACUAGUGUUAUAUAUAAUCUGGGUAAAAAAGAUUAUAAAUCAGGAUUAAGUACAUUAACAAGAUGUUUUCUCAAGAAGAAUAUACAGUUAGAUGUAUCUGGUCAUUCACCUAUAGAAGAUUCUAUAGCUACCAUGGAGUUAACACUUUUAAAACUCAGAACAGGUGUAGAAUUUGGUGAUAUGUUAUCAGGCUGUGCCAUGACAACCAAUAAUAUAACUCAACCUUCUUUACCUCCAAACUCUUCAUCAUCAUCAGCAUCACUACCAUCUACAGAUACAACACACUUUCAGUCCUUAUUUCAGAUAUCAACUAAAGCUAAAAAACAAAGUGUUGUCAUCAGUAGUGGAGAAAUAGUCAAAAUGCCAGUGGUUACUAAAACAACAAUAUUAGCACAGUCUGAUCAGGAUUGUGUCAAACAAGCUGUGAAAGAAUUUAAUUCUGAUAAACAAUUUAUCUGGUUAAAUCUUCAAGAUUGUUUACAAAAUAAAGCCAAGCUGAAGUCAGUUGCUUAUAGAAAGGAGAAGUUUGAAGAAUUAGAUGCCUCAAUAAAAGAGAUAAAAGAAUCCUGUCGUCCUGGAAGCCUGUUUAUAACGGUAUUCAGUGGUAAAGUGAGAAAGAAGAAAUCUGAAUCAGCUGGUGUUUAUGUCUGUAUUACUUGAUCACUCAGUGUGGUUUAAAACUGUUGAAGACCGUGUGAUUUUGAUAAAUCUGGUGUAAUUUUAAGAUCUUAAUGCAAAUAUAUGACCACUCUUAUUUUAUAAAUGUGAAAAAUUUUGAUUAACAUGUUGUUUGAGUCAUGGCCAAGCAGAAACCAAUCUGAAACACUGGAACUAGAAUAAAUACUGGAUAAUACCAUUGCAUCUGUAUGACCAUUUUGUGAGUGGGAACUAUCUUAAACAAGUAGUUGAUCCAUGGACAAGCAGUUAACCCUCAUAAACACUGUAAUGUGAUACAAUAUGAAUGAGUGGGUAUAGGUUAUAGUGAUGGUAGACAUGGUAAGAUUUUAUCAGCCACAGUCUAGUGAGAAUUCCUGAUAAAUCUCUAGAUCUGAAGAGGAUAUUGUGGAGUUACAGCCAUUAAAAGUUGUAAUGAAAUGAAUGUAAUGAAAGAGUGACAUCUAUAUUAUUG